ACUAGCCCCGCCUCUUCCUCUCGGUCCCAUAUUGAACUCGAGUUGGAAGAGGCGAGUCCGGUCUCAAAAUGGAGGUAAAACCGCCGCCCGGUCGCCCCCAGCCCGACUCCGGCCGUCGCCGUCGCCGCCGGGGGGAGGAGGGCCAUGAUCCAAAGGAGCCAGAGCAGUUGAGAAAACUGUUUAUUGGUGGUCUGAGCUUUGAAACUACAGAUGAUAGUUUAAGAGAACAUUUUGAGAAAUGGGGCACGCUCACAGAUUGUGUGGUGAUGAGAGACCCCCAAACAAAACGUUCCCGGGGCUUUGGUUUUGUGACUUACUCUUGUGUUGAAGAGGUGGAUGCAGCAAUGUGUGCUCGACCACACAAGGUUGAUGGGCGUGUAGUGGAACCAAAGAGAGCUGUUUCUAGAGAGGAUUCUGUAAAGCCUGGUGCCCAUCUAACAGUGAAGAAAAUUUUUGUUGGUGGUAUUAAAGAAGACACAGAAGAAUAUAAUUUGAGAGACUACUUUGAAAAGUAUGGCAAGAUUGAAACCAUAGAAGUUAUGGAAGACAGGCAGAGUGGGAAAAAAAGAGGAUUUGCUUUUGUAACUUUUGAUGAUCAUGAUACAGUUGAUAAAAUUGUUGUUCAGAAAUACCACACUAUUAAUGGGCAUAAUUGUGAAGUGAAAAAGGCCCUUUCUAAACAAGAAAUGCAGUCUGCUGGAUCGCAAAGAGGCCGUGGAGGUGGAUCUGGCAAUUUUAUGGGUCGUGGAGGAAACUUUGGAGGUGGUGGAGGUAACUUUGGCCGUGGUGGAAACUUUGGUGGAAGAGGAGGCUAUGGUGGUGGAGGUGGCAGCAGAGGUAGUUAUGGAGGAGGUGAUGGUGGAUAUAAUGGAUUUGGAGGUGAUGGUGGUAACUAUGGCGGUGGUCCUGGUUAUAGUAGUAGAGGAGGUUAUGGUGGUGGUGGUGGAGGACCAGGAUACGGAAACCAAGGAGGUGGAUAUGGUGGUGGUGGAUAUGAUGGUUACAAUGAAGGGGGAAAUUUUGGAGGUAACUAUGGUGGUGGUGGGAACUAUAAUGAUUUUGGAAAUUACAGUGGACAACAGCAAUCAAAUUAUGGACCCAUGAAGGGGGGCAGUUUUGGUGGAAGAAGCUCGGGCAGCCCCUAUGGUGGUGGUUAUGGAUCUGGUGGUGGAAGUGGUGGAUAUGGUAGCAGAAGGUUCUAAAAACUCAGCAGAAAAGGGUUGAAUGAGAACCCUACUUGCCUAAAUGAGGAAUGUCUUUCCUACCAUCUUAAAUACGAAGGUUUCUGGCUGGGUAAGGUUUGUAGCUCACAGUAAAACCUGAUGACACCAUUUGUUUCCCCAUAAAUUUAUACAUUUAAAACUAUUAGGUACAUAAGCAAAAUUGUUCAGCUGAAACUAUUUUGGAACCACAUCCAAAACAUUUAAACCAGUUUAAAAAGCUUCCCUGCAAUAAUCAUGAGUGUUCAUGUUGACUGACAUGUGGCCCCAUGUACACAAUUCAUUGUUGGUGUCUUUAGAGUAAAGGUAGUUUUUGAUGGGAAAGAAAAGGAGUGACCUUAAAUUUUGCAAAGAAUUUUGUGAUGAAGCAUGAUUUAGUUGUAACAGAAGCAUUAAGUUGCCAAUCCUCAUUCUAGGAAAAACCUUGGAAUCAACUUUUUAAAUUGCCAGAUGAUACAAAUAUAAAAAUGGUCUUCGUUGAAGUGGCCUCAUUAGGUCUCAUGCAUAUAAAAUCAGGGAAUUAUUUGGAUUAAUGGGAUAAAUAUUUGGUUCCCUUUUUUAGUUUUUUUGUGUGUUCUUUACCUGUUAACCGGAAGCAGUAGGAGCCUAAUUAUGCUAAUGCUCCCUUUUAAAAGACAACUUCCCAAAGACUAAUUAAACUAUAAUUACUGUGCAAAUCAGUUGCUGAUUUCAUAAGGGCUAUUUCUGCUGGCCCAAGAGGGCUUGUUAAAAAUUGAGACUUGCCGUUAAUUCACUUAAACAACCAAAAAAACUAGGGGGAUAGAUGCUUAAAAUGAAACUAGUUUCUAAAUUAUAAAUAAAUUCUUACAUAAAAAGGAGUAAGUUGGCCAGUUUAUUCUCACAGAAUGACUGGUUGACUUUAUCUAAACCAGGACUACAUUUCUACACAUCACUGUAGAAUGAAGUGUUGAACGAGGUAAUUCUUUUAUUGAUGAAUUUUCUUUACAGCGUGGUUUUAGAAAAAGAAAUUUUCCUAAGAUAGGAAACAUUUUCUUCUCUUUAAAGGCAUUGUUCUUUUUAGUCCAUCUCAUUUCUUUAUGAAAUAAAGUGAUUUAACUUAAAUGUAGUUAUACUGUCAUUACUGAAAAAUACACUUAACUCAUAGCACCAAUAAAAUGCGAAAGUUCAUAAGGGAAAUGAUCAAGGCAAGCUUGUCAAAGCAACUCAAAGGUUACUGCUUUCCACACUAUGUUAAAACAACAUUCACACAUGUCCUAAAGAAGAUAAUUUGGUAAUAAAGAUCAUUUGUUAAGGAACUAAACAAAUGUAAUAAGCUUGGUUUUAAGAGUUCAAUAUAGAAACCACAAUUUGAAACAUUUCUAGUUAAUGACAGUAUCCCUUGGAGUUCCAGUAAUGUCACAAAGUAGGGAGUAAGCAUGCUAAUGUGCAGGGGUAAUGUAAGCCUAUAUGAGUAUUCAAAAUUUUAAAUUUCAAUGUUUUCUGAUUUUUAAGACUUAAGAGGUGGUCUGUAAUGGAUUCAGAUGUUUCAUUUGUAGGAUAAUGAAAUGUUUACAGAAAGAUACCUUUUUCAUUAAAAUAUUUUUAGAAAUGCGUGUGUGGUUUUGUCACUUCACAGUGUUCCGUGUGACUUAAAUGCUAUAUAGGUGAAUGACAUACUUUACAGUGAGUAAUAACAGGAAGGAUUUAAGCUUUGAAAGGCAAUAUGUGAAGUACUGAGGUGAUA